AUGCCUUGCUGGCAGGUCUAAUGCAGCGUUCUCUGUCAUACCUUCUUCAGCUGGUUGGCCAAUCAGAGGAGGGCUUUCACCUCUAUGCCUCAUACCUGGAGAUCUAUAAUGAACAGGUGCAUGACCUGAUGAACCCAUGUCUGCCAUACUCGUUGGCAGUGCGCGGCAGCAGAACCCAAGGGUUCUACGUAGAGAACCUGUCAGUAGUAGAGUUCCACAACCUGGACAGCUUCAUGAGAAUACUGGAGGGAGUGUCAUUUUGUAAACAGUUAAUUUGUAUCCCCCCAUCUCUGUCCCUCAGGGGCAUGUCAACCCAGGGGAAGCUGUGCGUAGUAGACCUGGCAGGCAGUGAGAGGGUGAGAGAGGGAGACUCUAUAGAGGAAUUAUUGGAAGAGACAGGCAACAUCAACCGCAGCCUGCUCACUCUGGGGAAGUGUAUCUCGUCUCUGGUGGAUCCUAUUAAGAGGAAUGGCCAUAUUCCCUACCGCGACAGUAAACUCACUAAGCUGCUCUCUGAUUCGCUGGGAGGAUCUGGCAUCACUCUCAUGAUUGCGUGUGUGUCUCCCACCCUGGGCAAUCUCCAGGAGACCCUGAACACACUUCGAUACUCCAACAGAGCCAAAAGGAUCAAGAAUAGACCCAUGGUCAAGAGGAAAAUACAUUCCAUUUCUAUAAUAUCCAUUCCACUCAUCAUAUUUCUACACCAGGACCUGCGUGAGAAGUUGGUGGUCAGCCUCCAGAGAGAGAUCUGCCGGCUGCGUCAGGAGAACCUGUUGCUACAGCAGCACCUCUCCUCAGCCCACAAGGCUGGGGCAGGGGGUUCUGGGCUGGAGGCAAAGUACCCUGGGCGUAUGAGUUCUUCUCCUCAGCAUGCAAAAGACUUGGCCGGGGUCAGGACAGGCUCCUCCUGCUCUGAGACCAGCCUCAGGAGCCUGUUGCAGGAGCUGAUGAGAGAGAACGACAAGCUACAGUGA